AUGACUUCACAAGAACCGAUUACUCGUGAAACAGUUUUGAAUUUAAUGGAGUAUAAAGACAAAAUAGAAAAACAAUUGUAUCAAUUAAAACAAAUUUUGGACGGAAAUGGAGUAGGAAUGAAUGACGAUUUGGUAGAUUCGGAAGGUUAUCCAAGGCAGGAUAUUGAUGUUUAUCAAGUAAGACAUGCAAGACAUCAAAUCAUUUGUUUACAAAAUGAUCAUAAAGAAAUUAUGAAAAAAAUCGAAGAAGGACUUCAUUUUCUUCACGGUCAAAGUUUGGAUUCCGUUGAAGAACCUUCUAAUUCUACAAAAUGUGUCAAUGAUUAUUCAAUGCCUAUUGCCAAAGUUAGUUUUGUCGAACCAGGUUCUCCUGCAGAUUUAGCUGGUUUGCAAGUUGAUGACUUUAUAUUAUCAUUUGGAUCUAUAAAUUAUGAUAAUUUUAAAUCACUGCAAGAAAUUGGCGCAGUCACUCAACAUUCUGUGGGUAAAAAAGUUCCUGUUACAGUUAAAAGAUUUGGUGUUACAAAAAAACUUAUAUUAAUCCCAAACACAUGGAGUGGAAAAGGGUUAUUAGGAUGUAAUAUUUUACCAGUUGAACAUGUUGAACGCUGA